CAUCGCGCUCAACCCCAUGGAUUAGCAUAUCCUUAACGCCACAGCUUCGAGCGCGCAGCCUUCUUUGUUAUUUCGCGAAUUCUGUUUUUCGUUUGCCGCUUUUCAUAUACAGAUGCGUUUAAUUACUUCUUGCCGUUGAGAAGUUGCGGCUGAAGCACCUGACUUUUUUUUCGCGAACUUCUGCUGCUGCUGGGCUGUCAGAAGAUGUUUCCGCCGGCAGCCAAGCGCUGUUUCACCAUCGAGUCCUUGGUGGCCAAGGAAAGUCCUCUGUCUGCAGAAGAUCCCAUCCGACCCACGGCGCUGAGUUACUCGAACCCCACCGACGCCUUUAUGAACGGCUACCAGGGGCCGGCGAGCAGGUCUUUGUACACGAACCCGGACUUGGUGUUUCCCGAGACGGUGAACCACCCGUCGUUGUCGGUGCACCCACACCAGCUCGGAGGGACUCACUUACAGCACCCACACUCCUUUUUCGGAACACAGCACCGCGACCCCCUCCAUUUUUACCCCUGGGUUUUACGGAACAGGUUCUUCGGACACAGAUUUCAAGGAAAUGACGUUUCCCAGGAGAGCCUGCUGCUGCACGGCCCCUUCGCCAGGAAGCCCAAGCGGAUCCGCACCGCGUUCUCCCCGUCGCAGCUGCUGCGGCUCGAAAGAGCCUUCGAGAAGAACCACUACGUCGUGGGCGCGGAGAGGAAACAGCUCGCGAGCAGCCUCAGCCUCUCGGAAACACAGGUGAAGGUUUGGUUCCAAAAUAGAAGGACAAAAUACAAGAGACAGAAGUUGGAGGAAGAGGGUCCUGAAUGCCAGCAGAAGAAGAAGGGCAACCAUCAUAUCAACAGGUGGAGGAUUGCCACAAAGCAGGCCAGCUCUGAGGACAUUGAUGUCACGUCUGAUGACUAGAGCACCUCCGUAACACCUGGAACACAAGAGACCAUUCCUGUUUGCAACCCUAUUUAUUAUGUAAUAUUAUUGGGUAUAAUUAUUGUAUAUAACAAGACUGCAAGAAAGACUGAAUAGCUGGUCGGUUUUCACAUUACAGAAAGUUGCUCAUGGGUUCACCUUGAACAAUGGAAUAAACGCAUCCGUUUAUUUAGUCGUGAUUAUGCCCUGUGUCUUGGUUCGUGCAUACAAUCUUCAAGUCAUCAUACCAACCUUAACAAACAAUAAUGCUUUUAAUGUGUGUUGGCAUUUGAAAUUAUUCUGACAUAGGGAAGGAUCAAAACUAAGACUUAUUCGAGUUCAGUGGCUGUUUUUUGGAUGGCUUGGUAGCAUGAAUGUGUACC